AGUGGCUUCCAAACAGUCACCUCCCGAAACGCGAGCGCGACGAUCGUGUCCCGCGCGAUAUCAAAACAUCGAAAGCUUCAGUUAUGCAGUUUUUAUCACUCGAAAAUUAAAGUGUAUAUUGGAAACGAUACAUACGAUAUUGCUUUUAUCUUAAAUCGAAACCCAGCGGCGCCAGCAUGCCUCUGCAGUUCGGGCGGAACCGGUGUUCCUCCUUCAUGAGGGAGAACCUCCUCACCAUGUUGACGGUCAUCGGCGUGGUGUCCGGCACCCUCCUCGGAUGGGGACUGCGCAGUUCUGGGUACCAGUGGUCGCGGCGAGAAGUGAUGUACUUCCAGUACCCCGGGGAGCUGUUCCUGAGGAUGCUGAAGUGUCUGAUAGUGCCGCUGUUGGUGUCCUCCAUAGUAUCCGCUAUCGGCUCCCUCGAUCUCAGUCUUUCUGGCAAGGUGGGGCUGCGCGCCAUCGUUUACUACAUGACGACAACCGUCUGCGCAGUGAUGCUGGGCAUCGCCCUGGUCACCACCAUCAAACCUGGAAAAGACUCUGAGGCCUUCCAACAACCCAACACCACCAAGGCUAUUACGAAAGACACCUUGACGUCGGAUACUUUACUUGAUCUCGUAAGAAACGUGUUUCCCGAGAACAUUGCACAGGCGACCAUAGCGACGUACAGGACGAGGCUAGUGUACGACAAAAAUGAUACGAAAGCUAAGUUUGGUCAACUAGAAACGUACAAGAUCGAGGGCGAUUACCAGUCAGGCAGCAACGUGUUGGGCCUGGUCUGCUUCAGCAUCGUGCUAGGAAUCACCCUGGGCAAGAUGGGCGAGCAGAGUCGUCCGCUGCAGAACUUCUUCCACUCCUUGUCUGAGGCAAUGAUGAUUAUUACUGGAUGGGUUAUUUGGUUAUCACCCCUCGGAGUGUUCUUCCUAGUAACAGCGAAGAUCAUGGAGAUCGAAUCAUUCGCGGAGCUGGUGGGCCGCCUAGGACUGUACUUCAUGACCGUGUUGCUGGGGCUGUUCCUCCAUGGGUUCGGGACGUUGAGCAUACUGUUUAUCCUGGCGACGAAGAAGCUGCCGUGUCGGUAUAUUGCGAAGAUGGGGCAGGUCAUGGCCACAGCAUUUGGGACUGCGUCCAGUUCAGCUACUAUGCCCAUAACGAUCGGGUGUUGUGACGACAUGGGCCUGGACCCGCGGAUCACUAGGUUCGUGAUCCCCAUCGGAGCCACUAUCAACAUGGACGGAACUGCGCUGUACGAAGCUGUGGCUGCCAUCUUUAUUGCGCAGUUGAGGAGAAUCGACAUGUCAUUUGGCAAGAUUGUAGCUGUGAGCGUGACAGCGACUGCGGCGAGCAUCGGCGCGGCGGGCAUCCCCCAGGCCGGCCUGGUCACCAUGGUGAUGGUGCUGGACACCGUCAACCUGCCCGCUGAGGACGUGUCCAUCAUUCUGGCGGUCGACUGGCUGCUGGACCGAUUCAGAACCACCAUCAACGUGGUUUGUGACGCGCUGGGCGCCAUCAUAGUGUCGUCUCUCUCACAAGGCGACAUUGAGAAGUCUCGCACUCUUCAGAACGACCGCGAGCCGACCGCGCACGAACUAGCCGAGCUCGGCAAGGCCGACCAUUGAGCGCCCGCGUCCCACCGAUAACGGUUAUAGUUAAUAACGGUUAUAACCGUUCUGUGUUCAAAUAACGAACGUUAUUUUGUGCCAGGACAAUAACGUGCGUAGUUUAUGUGUGAUUCUCGCUUGAGUGUUGUCUUUAAUGUAACCAGUGGUUUUAAAAUUCUUAUUAUUAACAUAUUGAAAGACAACUCUUUUUUCCUUCAUUAAUUACCAUUUGAGAUAUUUACCUAAGGUAUUAUGUUUAUUUUGGAUCGAAUCGAGCUUUUCUCCACUAUGUACUUUCUAUUAAUUAUUGUCUAGCGACGUUGUAGAUAAUUAUAAUUAGUAUUAUAAUGACUAGUCUAAGUUAAACUAUUUAUACUGUGUGUGAUUAAGAUUAUGCCAGCAGGUAUGUUUAGGUAUGUUUCUGAAACAGUUUGGUUGUUCAAAAAUAUAUUACAUUUUGGGAAGUUGAUGUUAAUAGUAAUAGUUUACCAAUACACCGACUAAGUCAUAUAAUAUAGUAGUCACAUAGUUUAUACAAUCUAUGUUACCGUUUGAUAUUGUGUAAAUGGAGUAUCUAUUUCCAAUUUAUUGAUUGUUAGAGAGAGCUUAAUGUGUCGCUGUGUUCUAAAUGUGCCAAAUAAUAUCUCACUUUGCAAGAGUGAACUAUAUUGUUUCAGAUUGAACAGUAUAUAUUAAUCAUUUAGUACUUAAAAACUUUUUCAUGAUGUUUCAAAAAAUAUUUACACGUGUAGAUUUUUGAGAUGUUGUGAAAUCGAUUUUGAGCUGAAAUCUCUCUAAUUGUGUAGUUUUUAUAUGAAAUUAUAAAUUUCGUAAAAUAUAAAUACUAUUCAUCUAUUUUUACAUAGAUGUAUUUUUCCUGAAGUGAUUUCUAAUAUUUACGUAUAACAUCAGUAUAAUUUAAGCCAAACACAGGCGCCAAAAUAGUAAGUUAUUAUUUUCUAUGGUUUAAUUUUUGACAUACCAAUGUUAUCUUAUCAUUGCAUUCCAUUAAUUUAUUGUAAACACUUAGUGUCUAAAUUACUGUGUGAAAAUAUGACUAUAGUAUAUUUAAUCUAAACAAAAUGGAUUUGUGAUUAAGAAUACAAGAUUUUAUAGUAGUUUGGUAUAAAAAAUAUAUUGCUAUUUUACUGUUAAAUGUGAAAGUAUUUAUUGAGGUAGAAUCAUGUGUGGGAUUUUAUCAGUUUUCGACGUGGUUUAUUAUCUUCCUAAAAUAUUAAGAAAUUUUAACGUUUCUAUAUUUAUUGUAACACAAGUAGGCCUACUAUGGAAUAGUUCUAUUCUAUGAUGUUAAAAAAAUCUGCGAUCUACAAAUACUUAAAAAAAUGUGAAACAUUUCAGAUAAACAGUUAUUUUUCUUCUAGACUAUGUAUGCAUUUGUAGUUAUCAGGUAAUCGUCGUCGUGGACAAUAUGACCAAAUCGUUAUUCAUAUAUAUAUUGUAUCAGUACAAAUGCAACAAAUUAUGUGUAGUUUCUUGUUAAACUUUGAUAUAUCUCUAUAUGGACAUAGUUGAUGUGAAAAUAUAAAAAAAAAAACACUUUUUGUGUGAUUGUGUGUUUUUCAAUCCUUGACAUCUCCUAUCUUUAUUUCUAUCAUCAAAUUCAGAGGAUAUAGGAAAAAUAAACUUCAUAUUUUAUA